GUCGCCAACUUUAUCCCCCCACCAUCGGCGGCAACAUUUCCUUCUGGAAAGAAACUGAAAUGGCCAUGAUCAUGAACAUGAUGCCUUCUUCGUACAGGCUAAAGGUUCCAUUUCAUUUCGAACUCCAAAAGGGCUUCAAACUCCCCCGGAAGAACCUGCAAAUCAGGGCAUCCUCCUCUGCUGCAUCUGAUGUCGAUCUCAAGACCCUCGAAUCCGCCAUUGCUAAGAAUGACAGUAGUGCUGUUAAAGAGGCACUUGAUCAGCUGAGUGAAGUUGGUUGGGCCAAGAAAUGGAGUUCUCAGCCAUAUGUAUCGCGUCGAACGACUUCUCUCAGGGAGCUCACUAGCCUUGGAAUUAAAAAUGCAGAGAACCUUGCAAUUCCAAGUGUCAGAAACGAUGCGGCUUUCCUUUUCACAGUGGUUGGCACCACUGGAUUUUUGGCUGUUCUUGCUGGCUGGCUUCCCGGGGAUUGGGGCUUCUUUGUGCCAUAUUUGCUUGGGAGUAUUUCCUUAGUAGUCUUGGCCGUGGGGAGUGUUUCUCCAGGACUUCUUCAAGCUGCUAUUGGAGGUUUUUCAUCAUUUUUCCCAGACUACCAAGAGAGGAUCGCUAGACAUGAAGCAGCUCAUUUUUUAAUUGCCUAUUUGCUAGGCCUCCCAAUCCUUGGGUAUUCAUUGGAUAUUGGAAAAGAGCACGUCAAUCUCAUUGAUGAAAGGUUGGAAAAACUGAUAUAUGGUGGGCAGCUUGAUGCUAAGGAACUUGACAGGUUGGCAGUUGUUGCGGUGGCUGGCCUUACAGCAGAAGGUCUGAAGUAUGAUAAAGUGGUUGGACAAUCUGCCGAUCUUUUCACGCUUCAGAGAUUCAUAAACAGGAGUACCCCAAAACUCAGCAAAGAUCAACAACAAAAUCUGACUAGAUGGGCCGUUCUCUUUGCUGGAUCCCUUUUGAAAAAUAACAAGGUCACUCAUGAAGCCUUGAUGACAGCAAUGUCAAACAAAGCCUCUGUAUUGGAGUGCAUUGAAGCAAUUGAGAAAGCUUCUUAAUUAUUUUCCAGUAUACGAACGUGCGAAGUUCUUGAAUUGCUAAUCAAAAAAUACUCAAAUUUGGUUGUAUAGAAGAUCGUCCAAAAUCAAAACCUCUCACCUACUGUAAGUACAGAUUCUGAUAAAUUGUCUAUUUUUCA